UUUAAAGUAUAUUUGAGAUAUAUGCAGUAAGAGUAAAAGGGGGUUUAGUAGUUUGUGAUUGAGAUAAUCGGUGGGAUCUGAUCGGAAUAUGGAGGGAGGAGGAAAAGGGUACGCGUGGGCAGUAUCUGCGGGAUUCAACGCCGCUCUUGCAGCAAUCGCCGCUAAGCUCACCGUUCACAUCUUUAUUAAGUACGGGAUUGUGCUUUUCUUCAAUGUUACAAUGUGGGCUUGUUAUGUCAACAGUCUUAAAGCUCUCUCUUCUCUUGAAGCUACCGUCACUAAUUUCGCUACCAAUUUCAUUUCUUCUGGUUUUGCUGGUUUCUUCUUCUUUCACGAAUCACUCUCUUUCCAGUGGUUGGCAGGUGCAGUACUCAUAAUAAUUGGUGUAAUUAUACUUAGCAACUCAAGUAUUGAGGAGAAGGUUAGCUCUGAUUAGAUGUUGCAGUUCAGCAUGAUUGCCUUUCAUGUUUUGCUUGUUAAAGGCGGCGGAACUGCAUGAAAAUAGAAUUUGUAACAUCAAGAAUAGUAUAAUUAGAUCAUCUGCUGGAUAGUUCAUUUCACAUGAAGCGCCCUGAACAAGUUGCUUCUAUUUUGCCAAGUUAACAACUUGCUUAUUGUUUUAUUGAUUUAUUUAUGUGGUUCUGCAAGCGGUGUAGUUGGUUUGAUAUGAAUAUAUGAUUUUGAAUGUCAAUAUUUUAGAGGUUGUCUUAUGCAGUUAUAAGUUAUAUAUAUAUGUAUAUGAUAGUGGUCAUGGUGUUCUCUUAAUUGAAUUGGACAGUUUUGGUAAAUUUAUAAGGAUUCUAGAUUACUGAA